AAAAUGUGUUUUGAAACUGUUGCUGGCUUCCCAGACCUUGAUUCAGGAUACAGCGCAAGAAAGAAUUCACAAGACAAACUUUGUAUAGAAUAAAAGUACAUAUUUCUUCUUUCCCACACGUUUUUGUUUUGUUUUUUUCUUUUUUUCUAGUAAUCCAUUGUAUUAUUGCUAGUUGUUCCUGAAUUAUGGCAAAAGACUUGACAUUUUUACAGUGGAAAAAUAUUGUAUGACACUAGUUGAUUUUUCACUUCAUUUUGAGGAUUUUUCUGCCUUGAUUUAUUAAUUCUUUCACUGCUUACAAAAUCUGGGGAAAGAGCAAAGCUGUUGUGGCCCCAGGUUAUAUAACUGAGAUAACAAAGCUAACUCAACAUAAUACUGAAUUUGGCUGUGCUUGAAGAAAUCACAGAACAAAAGAUUUUUCUACGAAGUGCUUUGGUGAAUAAAGAAAUUAGACAAAUGGCAUUUUUUAAAAACUUUCAACAAAAUCUGAACCUUCCUUCUGUGUCUUCUCUGGUUGACACGCUUAGCAGUGCUGUAGAUGAUCUGACCAGUGUCGUUGGAGAAGUCGGUUACUGUGUAGCUGAUUCAGUCACAGAGCAGGUAACGAGUAUGAUAAAUGGUUUUCGCACAGAAGAUGAAAAUUUUAAAACACAGGAAGAUAAAGCAGUGCCAGUUAAAGAUGAAGCUAUAAUGUCAUUACCAGAUUCUAAGGAGACAAAUAUGAAAGAAAACUCGUGCGCUACAAAAGAUAAAAAUAAACAAACUAAUUAUACUUCAUUAGAUGUUGCAAAACAAGAUACAGCUCAAGACAGAUCAUCCCAUUAUGUCAAGGACAAACACCAAUAUCAGUUAAAGCAGGGUGAUGCUAAUAAACAUUUUAGUGAUAAGGAAGACUUGGAAAAAGUAGGAAGACAUGUUCAAAGCAAAGGAGAGAAAGGAAAGGAGUACUUGGUAAAUGAAAAGUUCUCAAAGGAUAAUAGUCUGAAGAGUAAUAAACUUGCAGCAGAAGAAUCUGUCAUUAAGAAACCCAGUAAUGGAUUGCAAGUCAUAUCGGAGACUGCAAAGAGACACUUGCCUAAAAAAGGUAAACCAAGAUCAUCAGCAGUUGAUUUUAAAGACCACAGAGAAGUUCAUGGUACAAAUGUGUCCAAGAAUUCGGAAACAAAAGUAAACGAAGCACAAAAGCAGAGAUUUUCAGAGUCUAAUUUGAAAAAGGCACAAAAAGAUCGUGUUAAAGAAGUGAAAGAAAAGAAAUGUAAAGCUUUUUCUGAUGGCAAAGGACAACCUUUAAUGAAGCAUGAAGAAAACGCCUCAACUACCCUAUCAAAAGAAGGUAAAAAAAGAAACUAUAAAGAAUCAGAAAAAAAUGCAAGAGAAGUAAGUAGUAUGAAGACAACAGAAAAAGACAACUCGUACAUGAAUAAAGACCAGCAUGGCUCAUCUUCUGAAAGUGAAGAUGAGGCACUGGGUAAAUACCAUGAAGCCUUGUCCAGAACACACAGUUCCAGACCAACAGUGGUAGAUAGCAGGCAGCAGAAAAAUUACCUUUGGGAAACCAGACAAAAAUAUAGCCCUCUGUCUGCAGAGUAUGAUGGUUACAGUAGUGAAGCUUCAAUAGAUGAAGCAAACUGCAUUCAAAGAAUGAGAAGAACACCUCCUCUGGAUGAACUGCAGCCUCCACCAUAUCAGGAUGAUAGUGGUUCUCCUCACCUCUCCUGUACACCCUCUGAAGUUGGUGAUGGUAAAUGUGAAUUUUCCCACUGUAACAACAGCCCAAGAUGUUCAUACAAGUGCCCAAGUGAGGGAAGCACUGGACAUGAAAUAGAAAGUUUUCAUAAUAAAGGAUAUGAAGAGGAUGUACCCAGUGAUAGUACAGCUGUCCUUAGCCCAGAGGAUAUGUCAGCUCGAGGAUCAUCUUCACAGCUUCCUAAACCUUUUGAUCCUGAGCCAGUAGCUAAAUAUGGCACACUGGAUGUGACUUUUGACUAUGACUCACAAGAACAGAAGCUUCUGGUAACAGUGACAGCUGUCACAGACAUUCCAACAUAUAACAGGACAGGUGGAAACUCAUGGCAAGUACACCUAGUUCUUCUACCUAUAAAGAAACAGAGAGCAAAAACCAGCAUCCAACGGGGACCAUGCCCUGUCUUCACUGAGACAUUCAAAUUUAAUCAUGUUGAAUCUGAGAUGAUUGGGAAUUAUGCAGUUCGUUUUAGACUGUACAGUGUACGUCGUGUGAAAAAAGAGAGGAUUGUGGGGGAAAAGAUUUUUUACUUAACAAAAUUGAAUCUUCAAGAGAAGAUGUCAGUACCAGUGAUCUUGGAACCUUCUUACAGUAUUUCUGGCUGUGACUCCCAAAUGAGCAUGUCAGAAAUGUCCUGUAGUGAAAGUACCUCCUCUUGUCAGUCUCUGGUACAUGGCUCAGCUCCAGAAAUCCUCAUCGGCUUGCUUUAUAAUGCCACAACUGGAAGACUAUCAGCAGAAGUGAUAAAAGGCAGCCACUUCAAAAACUUAGCAGCAAACAGACCACCCAAUACAUAUGUUAAGUUAACCCUGCUGAAUUCCAUGGGUCAGGAGAUGUCCAAAUGCAAAACAUCGAUUCGACGAGGCCAGCCGAACCCUGUGUAUAAAGAAACCUUCAUUUUUCAAGUGGCACUAUUUCAGCUUUCAGAUGUGACGCUCAUUCUGUCUGUGUACAAUAAGCGCAGCAUGAAACGAAAAGAAAUGAUAGGCUGGAUUUCUUUAGGUCUCAACAGCUCAGGAGAAGAGGAAUUAAAUCAUUGGACUGAAAUGAAGGAAUCGAAAGGACAGCAAGUAUGUAGAUGGCACACGUUACUAGAAUCUUAAUGGACAGUACAAGGGGCAGUUGUGGUUCCAGGGAGUCCUGUGUUUCAACAAGAUUGGCCUUUAGUCAUGACUAAAGGAUCUCUUGCAGAAGUGAAAAAGUAAACAUUCCACCUUAAAGAAUGCACAACAUGCUACGGAGCAAAGCAUCUUAUACAUCUUUCUCUUAAUUAUCAGAUACCUCAUUGGUGUCAGAUAAACCGUACUAUCCAUAGACGAGACAGGAAUCCCUCCAUCCACCUGAUGCUUUCAGUAUUGUGUUGAUUUGAUUUGAUUUUCUGUUUAGCAAUUCAGAAAUAUUUUAUGUAAAAAUCUCCAAAUCAUUGUAAAAUCUUUCUAUCAUGUGUUUAGUGUUCUGAUGUAGCUUAAAAACUGCUAACGCUCAGAUUUAGGGACACUGACGUUUAAUGCUAGAAAAAUUAAGCUGUGAAACAAAAAUCACCACUGGGAAGGAAACUUCAUAUUAUUGAAUAUAUGAAUAUUUUAUUUUAGAUUGAUUUUUGUCUUCAAGGCAUUUAGUUGCUUUCCCUUUUCAUUUCUGAUAUGAAGUUAGUUUGAAAAACACUAGGACUCUGUGGCUUUGGGUGAGCUUUGAAAUAAAAUAAAUACUUCUACAGUU